ACCAGGUCUGGAACACCUUAGAGAUUGAAAGACCAGUCUGAGGACCAGAACACCAGUCUGCUGCUCCUCUGUGAACUCUGCUGAUCUGUGAGGAUUUUUGAAGUUCAACGUGUGCUGCUGACUUCUUCGUGUUUCUGUUACUUCUCCUCACUAAAGACCACUAAAGACUCUACUGCUGGACUCUACUUAGUCAGAGGUCUUGAACGAAAGGAUCUUGAACUGUUCACCAGCUGCUUCCUGUUUCUGAAUGUAGACCGGCUGUCUCUCACUCAGAUACUCUACAAACUGUAUUGAUAUUGUCUCUCACUCAGAUACUGUUGGAGCAUCAUGUCCUCUCAGUUUUCGGUGCUCUUCUUCAUGGCCGUCGGCCUUCUCGUCGACGCCUUUCCGGCAGUCUCUCCUGCUAUGGAGGUUGAUGUAACAUCUCGACUUCAGGAGGGGGCACCGUCUUCAGACUGUCCGUCCUGCUCUCUGCUUCAGAUGAGGACCAAUUCAUCUUCAUCAGGAGGACAGAGCGACAUGGUGGAAGCUGUGAAACGUCACAUUCUCAACAUGCUGCACCUGAGCACUCGGCCCAACGUGACACAGCCGAUCCCUCGAGCAGCACUGCUCAAUGCCAUCAAAAACCUGCACGUCGGCCGCGUGGCUGAAGAUGGCAGCGUGGAGAUCCAGGAGGAGGGCCGGGGGCCCUGGGCCCCAACACCACCUGAACCACCAUCUGAAAUGAUCACCUUUGCAGAGCCAGGAGACUCUCUGAACACGGUGACCUUUGACAUUUCGAAGGAGGGUAGCGGCUCGUCGGUGGUGGAACAAGCGAACGUCUGGAUCUUCCUGAAGAAGUCCGUGGCAAACCGAGUGAAAGGCAAAGUGACGCUGCGACUGCUGCAGCUUCAUCAUGAGGAUGAUGAUGAGAAGGAAGAGUGUGUUUCAGAGAAGAUGGUGGACACUCGUCGUAGCGGCUGGCACACCCUGGCCGUGUCCCGCAGUGUUCAGAAUCUGCUGGACGGCAGCAGCAGCUCGCUCAGCCUGCGGGUUUCCUGCCCACUGUGCACUGAAGCCGGAGCCUCGCCCAUCCUGAUGCCGGCCGGUGGGAGAGAUCAGUCUCACCGUCCGUUCCUCAUGGUGGCAUUGAGAGCCGAAGAAGAAGCGGCUCAGCGACGAGUCAAACGAGGUCUGGAGUGCGACGGGAAAAUACGCGUCUGCUGCAAACGACAGUUUUACGUGAAUUUCAAAGAUAUUGGCUGGAACGACUGGAUUAUCGCUCCGUCUGGUUACCAUGCAAACUACUGCGAGGGCGACUGUCCAAACCACAUGGCGAGCUUCAGCGGCUCAUCCCUGUCCUUCCAUUCGACGGUCAUCAAUCAUUAUCGUAUGAGGGGCUACGGCCCGUUUCAGAACAUUAAGUCGUGCUGCGUGCCGACGAGGCUGCGUGCGAUGUCGAUGCUGUACUACAACGAAGAGCAGAAGAUCAUCAAAAAAGACAUCCAGGACAUGAUCGUGGACGAGUGCGGCUGCUCGUAAACAUAAAGACGUUAGAAACACUUCCUGCUUCCUGCAGGAAAAAUAUCAGUCCAGGCACUUUCCCAGUAAAGAUAAAGUAUUUAUGUUUAGUGACCAUUGUAUUUCUUAUUGGGAGAGACUCUUUUCCACAUUGGAACGACCUGAGAAUACUAUGCAAAAGCUCCUGCAAAGUCAAACCUUAUUCGUCUACAUUUAUAUGUGUGUUUGUUUAUUGUUUUUUAUUUUUAAGGUUCAGUCUGUGUAAAGAUUUCUGAUGCUGUUGAGAUACUUGAAAGAAAUGUGUUCAACCGGCUGCUGGAGCCAAACAUUAUGAUUAUCAUUAUAUUAUUGUUAUAUAAGUUGAAUGUUGAUAGUUCCACACAUUCCUGGAAGAUAUUUAGACUCAGAAG